AGUGAUUCAGUUCAUUCCACCGGAUGGAGAAUUCCAGCUCAUGACAUACAACUGCGUACUGAACAUCAAUUUGCCAUUCAAGGUGAUUCCCCAGGUUCAACAAGUGGGUUCUACCAGACUUCAGUAUAAGCUUCUGAUCAAAUCUCUUUUUCCGGCCAAAUUGAAUGCCACCGAAGUCAAGAUUCUGAUUCCAACCCCUCAGGGUGUUAUAAAACAUUAUACUAGCGAAUCAUCAGGAAAGGCCAAGUUUUCGGGUGGGGAAGACCUCAUUAUAUGGAAAUUCAAUAAGUUCUUCGGAGACCAAGAGCAUGUGUUGACAGCAGAAGUGGAGCUUUCAGAAGACUCGGUGCACCUGAUGAUCAACUGGUCUCGUCCUCCUAUCAAACUUGAUUUUGUAAUCGAUAUGUUUUCCUGUUCGGGGUUGUCAGUCAACUAUGUUAGAAUCCAAGAGAAGAGUAAUUACCGAACGGUGAAAUGGGUGAAAUAUCGGUCGCAGUCCGGGUCCUAUGACAUACGCUACUAAGUGGUCAGUGCCAAAUUCAAGUUCCAUGAAAUACAAUAUUGCCAAUAUACAAUCUAUCUACCGCACCAAAAGGCUCAUCAAAAUCUUCGCACAUUUCUUCUGUCCCACCCCAUUGCCAAUGAGAGAUAUUGUUGUUUUAAGUGGCUCAAGUCACCCGAACUUGGCCAAGAGUAUCUGCCGACACCUCACCGUUGAACAAGGAGUGCUUGCAUCCAAGAAAUUCUCCAACGGCGAGACAUCGAUUGAGAUUCAAGAUUCAGUAAGAGAAAAGGACGUUUUCAUAGUCCAAUCAGGAUGUGGUGAAGUCAACGAUAAUUUCAUGGAGUUGUUGAUCGCCAUUGCCGCCUGUAAGACCGCCAGUGCAAGAAGGGUCACCGCCGUGCUCCCGUUGUUCCCAUACUCCCGCCAACCCGAUGUGCCUCAUGCUGCUUCCUUAACGGGUGCACCAUCAUUAACCGUGAAAAAAGACCAGUAUACAUACGAAAGUGCACCUGGAACCCCCAAACCGUUGCGGGAUGAUACAACCGACGUAUUUGCGUCGACGCCUCCUCCACUAAGUCUUAUGACCCCGUCUGCCAAUUCGAGUACCGAUCUACUCAGUAAGGCCACUUUGAAUAAUCUCAGAAUACCUACUGGUGGGACAAGCGGUAAAAUCCCUUCGCUCACGCCCACGGCAAUUGUAACCAACUCGGCGGCCGUCAAUAUUCCUUCUGUCGAUGCCUAUGGUAGAACUGAAAGUGGAUAUAAGCAGUGGGUGGCCCAGAACGGGACUCUUAUUGCCAAUUUACUCAUCACGGCCGGGGCCGACCGGUGCAUCACCAUGGACCUCCAUGACCCACAAUUCCAGGGGUUCUUCAACGUGCCGGUUGACAAUUUGUACUCCAAGCCAUUAUUGAAGAGGUACAUCAUCGACUAUAUACCCGACUACCAAAGCUGUGUGAUUGUUUCACCCGAUAGUGGAGGAGCCAAGAGAGCCACGUCGAUAGCCGAUGCGUUGGGAUGCUCGUUUGCGUUGAUCCACAAGGAAAGACGGGCCAAAAUCACCAAAACUUCCCCUCUGGCGUCGGGUUCGGCCCAGGCAUCGCCCAUGGUGCGCCAUGCCAGUGCCAGCUCGGUGGUAGGAAAUUCUGCCACCAUGGUGGCCACAACAAUGCUUGUGGGAGAAGUCAAGGAUCGGGUUUGUGUGUUGAUCGAUGAUUUGGUCGACACGUCCUAUACUAUCACCCGGGCAGCCAAGUUACUUAAAGACCAAGGAGCCAAGAAGGUUUAUGCGUUGGUGACGCACGGGAUCUUCAGUGGAGAUGCGCCCAACCGGAUCUCGAAGUCAGCGAUUGACAAGGUCAUCACCACCAAUUCGGUCCCACAGGUGCAUACGGCUGCGAUUUUGGGAGACAAGUUGGAGGUGUUGGACGUGCUGCGAAUACUAGCGGAGGCCAUUCGGAGAAUCCACAAUGGAGAAUCUGUGUCGAUGUUAUUUGACCAUGGGUGGUAGUUUAUACUACUAGAGCGGUAGAGCUUCUGUAGCGGUAGACACUGUGAUAAUAAAUACUAGUAAACUGCAAUGGUCUAAGACCAAUGCCAAAGAAAAUUCACCGCGCACGUCUUGAUGGACGCCUGUCCAACACCUGCUAAAUGUUGUGGCUUCUGUAAAUUUCACAAAACAUAUCUAAGUCGACACCGUAUAACACUCUUCACUUAGAAUCAAAUCCAGCCGUGGCCAUAAACACUCUCACCAGCACUGCCAGGUGACCUACUAGCUGUCUCCAGGUGACCUACCAACUCUCCCCUCCUCGCACACAGUUACCGAAAUCCGGGGAAAUAAGUGGCAUUUUCAAUUGCGAUGAGCACUCCAAACCCGCCACCACUCUCCGUUGCAAUUUCCGGGCAGAAUUAUGGCGGGGUCUGGCGGUGACAACCAAUCCACUGCCGGGUAGCCACACACAAAAGUCUAUUUUAGGAUGGUAUUGGGCUUGUCCUUCGUAUAGUGUCGGACAAUUAUCCCCGG